AUGCAUCUUAUGUACUCCCUGAACGCCGAAGGAAAGAGGGUCUACACUCUUAAGAAGGUCGACACAGAGGGACGGGUUACGAAGUCAGCUCAUCCUGCUCGGUUUUCCCCUGACGAUAAAUACUCUCGGCACCGUGUCACUCUGAAGAAGAGGUAUGGUCUGCUGAUGACCCAGCAGCCCGACAAGGAGGUUGCGCAGCUGUAA